CAUUCAACCUCUACUUAUGUUGGUCGGCACUGAUAUCACACACGAACGAACGGAAGAAAAAAUUAAUUAGAUCCCACUGCUGCAAUCUGUUUAAUUUUUGUUUUUCCUAAAACUUUAAAAAGUUUACGCUGCAUUGAAAAUUGGAAUUAAUAAUGGCUGCUACAUCGAGAACACUACUAAAACUUCGAGAUAGCUUCUCUGCCGGUGUCCGUUUUAGCUCGGAAUAUGCCAAGACUCGCGGCAAUUUACAAUUAACCGGAGAUUCUCGUGUGAUUUGCCAAGGAUUUACCGGCAAACAAGGUACUUUCCAUAGUCAGCAAGCUUUGGAGUAUGGUACCAAACUCGUUGGUGGAAUCUCUCCCAAAAAAGGUGGCACUACACAUCUUGGCUUACCGGUGUUUGCUUCGGUAGCUGAAGCGAAAAAAGCCACCGAUCCCCAUGCAACUGUUAUCUAUGUGCCACCACCAGGUGCUGCUGCUGCUAUUUUGGAAGCGCUGGAGGCAGAAAUUCCAUUGAUUGUGUGCAUUACCGAAGGAGUUCCACAACAUGAUAUGGUGCGCGUAAAACAUGCUCUCUUAACGCAAAGCAAGUCACGUCUUGUUGGACCUAACUGUCCGGGUAUCAUUGCGCCAGAAAGAUGCAAAAUUGGCAUUAUGCCUGGCCAUAUUCACAAACGUGGUAAAAUCGGUGUAGUAUCACGUUCAGGUACACUCACCUAUGAAGCCGUAAAUCAGACCACAGAAGUUGGCCUUGGACAAACAUUGUGUGUUGGUAUUGGUGGUGAUCCGUUUAACGGCACUGAUUUCAUCGAUUGUCUCGAAAUCUUCUUGAAGGAUCCUGAUACUAAAGGAAUCAUAUUAAUCGGUGAAAUUGGUGGUGUUGCUGAGGAAAAGGCUGCUGAAUAUUUGACACAACAUAAUAGCGGCAUCAAAGCCAAGCCGGUUGUAUCGUUCAUUGCCGGUCUGUCCGCUCCACCUGGUCGUCGUAUGGGCCAUGCUGGUGCCAUUAUCUCAGGUGGUAAGGGUGGGGCUGGCGACAAAAUUAAAGCGCUCGAAAAAGCUGGUGUUAUUGUGACCAGGAGUCCUGCACAAAUGGGCAAGGAAUUGUACAAAGAGAUGAAGCGUCUGGAGUUAGCCUAGAAUUUAGCCAAAAACUAUAAAGCAGCAGCAACAUAAGCCAACAAGCAACUGAAAAACUAUAUGAAUGCAAAUAUACGAGCGACAAACUAAGUAAAAUGUAAAUGUGUAAUACGACGUCCUGGGAAAUGCAUGAUGGGCCUUUGAAAGAUGAAUUAAAUAAUUAUAACAAAGAAAUUACAUGGGACAGAAUCACUUGUGCAUAGCGUUAGUACACGUAACUGCCGAAAGCAAAGUGCGAAACAAAAUAAUCACGAAUACAAUUGCCACAAAAAUAGUAUCAGAACCAAAUUAAUGAAAUAGUACAUAUUACCACCAAGUUAUACUAAUCCAUCAUGAGCCUUUAGGUUUACAAUGUAAAAUAUGCACUCAAAUUGCACCGAAGUUAAGAUUUACACUGCACUUUAUAUUUAAAUUAAGCGAUCGUGCAAAAUAUUUUUGCCUGUGCUAUGUUUUUUAUUUAGAAAUUAUUCACUAUGUGAGCUGCAUGCACUAAAAACUGUACAUGUAUAAUAACAAAACACAAUCCUAUUUGUCAGCAAAAAAACCUAUUUGUGAUUAGGCUGAAAGUGUUAAAUUGAAAUAUUAAAUAAAAGUGAAUCGUUAUAAACGCAUAAAUAAGAAAAAAACUUCGCUAAUUAACUAUCGACAUGAACAAAAGUAAAUGUUAUAAUGUGUACAUCUGUAUGUAUGCACUUUAAUAAAAUGUAUUAAAUAAAAAAAUUAA